GAGAGCGAGAGAGAGAGAUGGCAGGCGCUGGUGCCACGACGACCAUCAGGAGCAGCUUGUUCCACGCGCAGCACCCGCUGAAUCAAUACCACUACGCCGAAGGAUCGGCCUACCGCUGCGACGCGUGCGAGCUCAGGAUCACCGGCAUCGGCUUCCGCUGCGGCGAGUGCGACUUCGACAUCCACGCGGCGUGCCUCGGCCUCCCCGUCUCCAUCUCCUUGGCCAAGCACAGCCGCGAGCACGACCUCACGCUCACCCGCCUCAAGGCCAGCCGCUGGUGCGACGUCUGCAAGGAGACCUCCCAUGCCGGGUGCUACAUGUACCUCUGCGCGCCGUGCAACUACGACGUGCACCCGCGGUGGUGGCGGUGGGUCGUCGUGACUCGACGCCAUACCAGACACGAUCUGAUGACGAUAUCUAAGAAAAACAAAGGUACAGUACGUAGCUAGCGUCGUCCUAGCUUCAAAGUUGUUCUCUGAAAAACGAAGCAUGCAUGUCCUGCGGAUUCCAUUAUCUAUCAGUAUUACGUUCUGCCGCUGCUUUCUCCUAUACAUUUUCUUCGUCCUCCUUUGUUGUAUGUAUGCUCCUCUAUAAGGGCCCCUGUAAUAUCUUUUGUUUGUUUUCUUUUUCUCAGCCGUGUACAUCUAGCCGUACGUUGGCAAUACUGUUAAUAAUAAGGCUUAUGGUGAUUGUUGUGUG